CCUGAUACACAGCACUUAAUAUGUUCAAUCAUAAAAGCUAGCUGCAUAUCAGCAACAAAACAGAGAAAAAGAAAAAUGAGUCGUCCACAUAUUCUUGCAGUACCUUACCCAGCACAAGGCCAUGUAAUUCCUCUACUAGAGCUUUCACAGUACCUGGUUAAGCAUGGCUUCCGAGUCACAUUUGUCAACACAGAGCACACUCACAACCAGAUCAUGAAUGGCUUACAAGAGAAGAGCUGCAUAGGGAAUGAAAAUGAGAUUCGUCUGGUGUCCAUCCCAGACGGGCUGGAGUCCUGGGAGGAUAGAAAUGAUUUAGGCAAGGUAGCUGGAAAAAUUAUUCAGGUGAUGUCCCAGAAGCUGAAGGAGCUUAUAGAAAAGAUCAGCAGAGAAGAAGAUGAAAAGAUCUUUUGUCUCAUUGUUGAUAAGUGGGCUGGGUUUACUAUUCCAGCUGCAGAAAAGAUGAAAAUUAGAAAGGUUGCCUUUUGGCCUGCAGCAGUGGCAACUCUGGCCGUGAUUUACAAUAUUCAGAAGCUAAUUGAUGACGGAAUUAUAGAUACUGAUGGAAUUCCGAUCAAGAAACAGAUUAUUCAGUUGGCACAAAACAUGCCCGAAAUUGACUGUACAAAGCUUAUUUGGACUAGCGUGGGCGGCGAGGACUUGGCCUCCCAGAAGAGAACGUUCGAGAUUGUUAAAAAUACUACUGAAGCUGGAAAAGCAGCGGAUUACCUAAUCUGCAACUCAGCAUAUCACCUUGAACCUGGGGCUUUUUCCUUGUUUCCUAAUAUUCUUCCAAUAGGACCUCUUCUGCCAAGCAACCGUCAAGGAAAUUCAGCAGGAUCCUUCUGGCCAGAAGACUCAACUUGCUUGGAAUGGCUUGAUCAACAGCAACCCAACUCAAUCAUUUAUGUUGCAUUUGGUAGCUUCACAGUUCUAGACAAGACCCAAUUCCAGGAGCUGGCAUUGGGACUUGAACUAACCAACAUGCCAUUCCUGUGGGUUGUGCGGCCAGACAUGACUGAUGAACCAAAUGAAGCCUAUCCAGAAGGGUUUCAAGACAGGGUGGCCGGUCGCAGCCGACUGGUGGGUUGGGCACCUCAACAGAAGAUUUUGAGUCACCCUUCCACCGCCUGCUUCUUUAGCCAUUGUGGUUGGAAUUCCACCUUGGAAGGUGUAAGCAAUGGGGUUCCUUUCUUGUGUUGGCCAUACUUUGCUGAUCAGUUCAUCGAUGAGAGCUAUAUUUGUGACAUUUGGAAGGUGGGAUUGAAGUUCAACAAAGACAAAAAGGGGAUCAUCACUCGAGAAGAAAUCAAAAGCAAGGUGGAUCAGGUGCUUGGGGAUGAAAGUUUUAAAGCAAGAGCCCUCGAACUUCAGGAAUCUACUUUGGAAAGUCUCAAAGAAGGAGGUCAAUCUCACAGGAAUUUUAAGAAUUUCAUUGAAUGGAUCAAGGCAUAGCUCCUAGUUGGAGACUUGGAUCAAGAGUAUUUAGAAAAUGCCUAUGAAAGCUUCCAAAAUAUUGUAAGAUUUUCUAAUAUGAUUAAUUCUAGUCAUCCAAUCUAUCAGGUUUGUACGAAUUUAGAUCGCCAAAUAUACUUACAAACUCAUGUGACUUGGAUCAAGAGUAUUUAGAAAAUGCGUAUGAAAGCUUCCAAAAUAUUGUAAAAUUUUCUAAUAUAAUUAAUUAUAGUCUGUUAGAGCUCGUGUUUAUGUAAAGAAGAGAGGCAAGAGAAACGCUAAUGCAAUUGAGCAAGGUGAGAAGAUGAUAAUCAAUGAUGUCAACACAGGUGGAGCUGAGAAAUUGAUAUAUGGCACUGAUAAUGUUAAUACGGGUGGACAUGUUGAGAAAUCAAUAGAUGGCAGCUUUACAGAAACAACACAAGUCGCAGAGCAGCAGCAAGAAAUUAGGGGUAUGCAAAAAAAAGAGGGAACCAUGGAUGUAUUGUAUGCUGAGUUGGCGUAUCAUGAUUGGAAGGGCAGCAGUGAGGGGAGCAUGGUAGAAAAAGGGAGCCUGGAGAGCAGAGGAGGGGAGGAAAAUCAUUUUUGAAGAAGGAAGAGUUUGAGGAGAGAACCAGCCUCUCGAAAGCUGGAAGAUGCAUCUGAGUUUUGUUAUGGAUUUAAUCCAUCUCUUAUUAUUGUUUUGGUUUGUUUCUGUAUCAGGAACAUUUUCUUAAGAGGUUUCAGUUAGCAUUUAUAUUCCAAGUUUCAUGUUCUUUUGUUAUGAAUAUUGGAGGAACAAUGUUUAAGUGCAAGUUGUUUA